AUGCCGAGCGAAGCGCGAGCGCCGGACGCGGCUGAUGUGCCGCACGUCCCUGUCGCGUUGUUUGUUGCGACAGGCGCCUUGCAGCGCCCGGCUGUACCUGCGCCGGCCCUAGCUACGGUCCAGGAAGAGGAAGAGGAAGCUCCGCCUACGACGCGGUCCACGCCGGUGGAAAAGUGCCGUGCCCAGGCCCUUGGCGACGGGUACGACGGGAUUGUAAUGGAGCUCGCCAACGCGCAAUGGCACGAGCGCUGGGACCGACUGUGCCUGAUUCCGCAGGACGCCGACACGUCAACAGACACGCUCCCCCGCAGCUCGAGCCGCGCGACGCUCGCGCCAGCCGCGCUGCGGCGCAGCGAGUCGCGCGUGCGGUGCGAGGCGGACCAGUGGCGCGCGCACCCGCACUUUCAGCGUGCAGAGCUGAACGUGACAAGGGCGAGCGAGACCAAGGACCUCACCGUGGUCCUGAGCCAGUGGCUCGAACUCGACUCCUCCGACGAAGGCGUGCGCCUCGAUGCGGAGCUUGCGCUGCGCCAGGAGAUGGCGUACGCGGCGUACCUCGGUGUAGCGCACGUCGUGGUCCCUGCGCCGAGCAGCGAUCCGGCCCGCCGCAAGUACCUUGCCGACUAUGCGCGGGCGAUCCGCACCUGCUUGAGCGGCAUUGCCGGCGACGUUCCGGCGGCCGGCGCGACGAUGCGCGUGUCGGUGCGCCUCCCGGUGAGCUCGCCGCACAUCCUCACGACGAUGCUCAUGCGCCAGGCGACACGCACGCCGAGCGGCGCGCCGGCGAUGCCCGCCGCGGCCUAUCUGCGCACCAACGACAACUGGGCAUGGGAGACGUGGGAGACGAUCCAGACGCUCUGCCAGUACCACCCCCGGCUGCACGUCGCGCUUGAUCUGUCGAUGCCGCUGCCCCCGACGACUUCCAUGGUGCGCUGGAGCGCCGAGCCGGUGUCGCUCAUGUGGCUCCCUUCGACGUCGUUCCUUGCGAAUGCCAAAGGCUAUCCAGUGCUGUCCAAGUCGGCGCAGCGGCUUGUGCGCCAGCUGCUGCCACGCACGCCGCUCGUGGUCCUCAGCGAGACGCACACACCCCCGCCGCAGCACACCAACGGCGGGCCAGGGGCGUAUCUGCAGUACAUCCGGCACCUCGUCCGCACGUCGCCGCCGCCGAAUGCAAUGGAGCGCUACGCGCGCGGCUACGGCGACCAUCUCCAGGCGCCGCUGCAGCCGAUGGCCGACGAUCUCGGCGCGUCGACGUAUGACGUGUUCGAGAGUGACCCGGUCAAGUAUGCCCUGUACGAAGAGGCGCUCUUCCAGGCGCUCGUGCAGCACGGCGCGCCCGGCGCCGUGACGCGCGUGUGGGUCGUCGGCGCGGGCCAAGGCGCGCUGGUCGGCCGCACGUUCGCUGCCGCCGAGCGGGCGUCGCGCUCGGUGCACGUCACGGCGCUGGAAAAGAACCCCGGCGCGUGCAUCUCGCUGUGCGACCGCCAGCUGAACGAGUGGGGCACGGACCGUGUUGCGGUCGUCCAGGGCGACAUGCGCACGCUUCCGGUGCCAGACAGCGAGGCAGAGCGUGUGGAUAUCGUCGUGAGCGAGCUGCUGGGCAGCUUUGCCGAUAAUGAGCUCGCUCCGGAAUGCCUCGACGGUGCGAUGCGCUUUUUGAAACCCAACGGCAUCUCGAUUCCCAGCGCCUAUGUCCCGUACAUUACGCCGAUCGCCGCGGCCAAGCUGCAUGCGACGAUCGCAAGUGCGCAGCUGGCCCAAGCACACUCUCCUUCUGGCAUCGGUAUGGGCACGAGCGUCGCGGCGCCGACGUUUGACUCGCCGUACGUCGUGCAUCUGCAGUCGAUCAACAUGCUGGCCCAGGACGGCUCGGAGAAAAAGAUCCAGCCGUGCUGGCGCUUUGAACACGGCCCGAUGAGCGCCAGUGGCCUCGUCCUCACGCCAAGCGGCCUGCCCGAGACCAACAACCACAACAUGCGCACGUCUGUGCACACCUUUACGGUCCCCCACGCCGGCGUGUGCCACGGCCUCGCAGGCUACUUUGAGGCGCACCUCUUUGGAAACGUCGUCCUGAGCAUCUACCCCGAUCCGGAGCGCGCAAGCACGGAUAUGGUGAGCUGGUUCCCGAUGUACUUUCCGUUCCGCGAGCCGCUCUACCUCCCGGCAAACAGCGAGCUCGAGGUGCACCUGUGGCGCCUCACGGACGAGCGCCGCGUGUGGUACGAAUGGAGCGCCGAGACGUUCUUGGUCCUCGACGCAAAGGAGCGGUCGCCUGCGCCGGACGUGUCGCUGGCGCCUGCGCCGGUGAUGCAGGGCGCGGCGUUUAGCAACGCCGCACACACGCCCAUGAUGCCUUCUGGCUCGACGUUCCUCGCGCCGCCGGACCAGAGCGCCUCGGGCCUCGGCCUGCACACCGGUAUGUCGUCCGAGCCGGACACGUCGUUCGUGCCCCACGAUACCGAGCUGCCGCCGCGCACGCGCAUCAAGACGGGCCAGUCGGCCCUGAUGAACUCGGGCGCGGUGGGGUCCUCCUUGCUCAUCAGUACAUAG